AUGCUCGCAGUGAGACGAGAUCUUCGACAUCCAAAACUUCGAGAAAACCAAAAACCUAAAAGAUUAACAAAAUUAGAAAAUAUCACAACCAGGGGCACAACUAUGAUUUACCGCACUACUCAGGCAAACUGGCAGCGUUUUAAUGAAAAAAUCAGGCAAUCACUGAAGGCCCAUAAGAUCACCGAGGCCGCGAUGAAUCAAAUCGAGGACACCAGCUCUCUAGAAGCCACUGUGGCCCGAUACAUCCAGUUGGUCCAAGAAGCAUGUGACAGUGCCAUCCCUAAACUAAAACAUAUAAAAAAGUCAAGCAUACCGUGGUGGAAUGCGGAAAUUGAACAGUUGAAGAAGGAACUGGAGAAGAAAAAGAGAGCAAUCCGAUGUGCUAGACUUGCUAGAAGAGAAUACGUAAUAAAGGAAUACACUGAAGCGAAGAACAGCUAUGAACUGACAGUGGAAACUACAAGAGUUGAAAGCUGGAAAAGGUUUUGUGGAAGCCAAACAAGAGAAGGAAUGUGGAACGGAAUCUAUCGAAUCCUAAGCAAAGCACAGGACCGAUGA